AUGGCGGUCUCCUCAGAAGCUUCAGAAGACGUCGGAACACUGCAAAAACCGUUCAAACAUCCCUCGACCUUCUAUUGGACCGAACAAGUUAGAAGUCGCCGCGAAUACAUCAAGGUUACACCUUAUUUCAUUCCAAAAUAGAAUUUCUGUUGUUUUAUAGGAUCUUCAUACGAAAAACGAUGAAAUAAAAGAAGCACUUACCAAGUAUUUCGAUGAAGAUGCGGCGAAUCCCGAGGAAAACGUCUAUUUGAAUGUCGGGACCCUUUUUUCGAGCAUGCCUGACCGACAUAGCAACGAUGAUAGUCCCGACAACUUGGCAGGUAGAAACAAAACCCAGAAAAAUAGAAAAAAAUUCGAUUUGAAAAAGAAAACGAGAGGUGCGGUGGGGCGCGAAUGCUCCCAGUACCCUUUUCAACAUUUUUUUCUAUCCAUUUUUUUAAAUUUCAGGAAUUUUUUUGUUUAACUUUCAAUUUUGACUUUUUUAAAUUUCAUAUGAGAAAAUGUAAAAAAAAGUUAGCAGCAUUUAUUUUUUUAAAAAAAUUUUUGAAACAUUAAAUUUUCCUUUUUUUUGUGUCACCAUUCUAUCUCAAUUGUUCGUAAAAAUCCCUGUGAGCCCGUUUUUUUAUUAAAUUUAUGAUUAUAAAUAUUUUUCAAGCUUAUUAAACUUCAGCUCUGGUUCUGUCAACUUUCGCCGAAUGGCUAGAAGACAAAAAAACUUUACCGAGUUGCAGGAAAAAGUACCUCAACAGCGAUAUUCAGGUGAUUUAAUUGUAAUUAAAAAAAUAAAUUUUUUUCCAUCGUGAUUGACUGCUAUUCCACAUGAUAUGCUUCAAACUAACAAAAUUUUAAACAUUUCAGGAAAAGUCAAAAACUGCAAAUUUGAAAAAAAAAAUAGAGUAUGCGAUAGUGUGCCUCGGUGUGUAUACACCAUAAACAUCAUAAUUCACGAAUUGACUUGCGUUUUGAAAAAAACGCCGUGCUUUUUGAUUAUAUUCCAAAUAAUAAUACCCUUUUUUUCAGACUGAAGCGAUAAAGUCAUGCUCCGGGAAAGCGUCCGUUCAUUUAAAGGCAGUCAGUCAGAUUUUCGACUUGAAUGAAGAGAAGAUUGACCUACUUAUUAGCCAGAAUAUUCAGGUUUCUUUUUCUUUGUUUCUUGUAUAAUUUAUUUUUUUAAAUUCAGAAACUGAUCGACAAGAAAAAUGUUUAAAGAAGCCUUGGACAUGAUUGUCCUUCACAAAAAGGAGUCCGAAUUCAGUUUUGAAGAUUUGAUUAUUCCGCUUUUGUUGCAAGUUAGUUUCAGGCCGAAACAUUAAUUUUUUUAUAAUUUCAGGACAAGGCUGUUUGUGUCCACGAAUUCCUUCGGAAUCGUCCAGAUUUUCAAAAAAGCCUUAUUGAAUUUUACGACGGCCUGGUUCUGAAAAAUGAAGAAGAAGCUGAGGAAAUUCUCAAGCCUUAUGCAGAAGUCAGAACCUUACCAUUGGAGCGGUUUUACGGUAAGAAUAUUCGAAAAUUCGUGUUUUGAAGAGCUUCAAAGCUUUGAAAAUAUGCAUGUUGCGAAAGUCGCCCAAGGUCGGGCGCACCUGAGAAAGGAGUUUCGAAGUUUUAUUUGUCAAUUUUAUGACGAUUUUGGGUCAUUUCAAGCCGUUGAAAAUCGAAAUCAAGAAAUCAAUUCAGGAAAGACCAUGGAGAAGGUGAUGAACACCUUCUUCCAGAAAGUCGUCAAGCAGUACGGAUUCACCGUGGACUCGACGAUGGCCCCGAAUCUCUGCCGGCUGAAAAUCAAAAAAUCGUUGCGGCAUUACAUCAGCACUCGGCAUGAUCCGACGUCGAAGAUCAUUCUCACCGAUGAUUGCUAUUUUCAGAUCAUUCAGGUACUUGGAAAAUUGGGAUUUUAUUGAUUUUUAAAUUUUCAUUAUAAUGGUUACUUGAUUUUUUUUCGAUUUUUGCAGGUCUAAAAUCAUUGGAAAAAGUUCUAAAAAGGGGGAAAACAUUUAAUUAUAGUUAUCAGAAGGUUUAGUCCAUUUCUCGCGACUAGAAAAUGCUUUUUUUCUCUGCGCCCUCCUCGUCUCUCGGCGACCCUCUCAUGUCUCUGUGCUAUUUUAACAUUUCUCUGAUCCUGGUGAGAGAACAGAGAGACUUCGAAAAGUCGCGAUGAAUAGACUAUCUUAGGAACUUUAGAGUGGUCCCUAUAGGGGCCGGAAAAUGGUCCCCCUGGGGUAAAAUUUAGGUGGUCCCUAUAAGGGUCAAGGGCCUCGCCCCUGAGCCUUUGAAGCUCAAGUGGCCCCUAGAGGGAUCGAUUCCUAAGCCUCUAAAGCUCAAGUGGUCCCUAUAGGAAUCUUUUGUUUUUUAUUAUUCACUACAAUAAUCAACUACCAUGCCCCUACAUGGGUUACUGACAGAAACCCCUGUAGGAGCCACUUUUGCAAGCUUCAGUGGCCCCUAUAGGGGUUGCUGAGGUGCUCCCUAGAGAAGACCCUCCAAGGGCCCCUAUAGGGACCACUCUGAAGCUUUUAAGAGAAAAAAGGAUAAAUCCACUUAGCAACAGUUUCAAGGCCUUGAAAUCCAUUUUUUUUUUUCAGAAAAUUUCAAAAUAAAGUGAUUUUUUAACUUGAAUAAGAAAUAAUCAGCAUUUUUCAGCAAAUAAUGAGCCAAUCAGACUUGAAAAUGCAACGGUCAUUUAUCGCAUUUCUGGGGAAUUCCUCUUGUCGGGAAAGAAUGUGAGAUUUUGAAAAGAAAGUUCUAAAAUCAUUCAAAUUCUCAGAAUCGACGCCAUUAGUUUGAAAAAGUACCUGAAAAUUCCGGACACGUUUUUUCCGGAGAUUCUCGAAGCGGAUCCGGAAAUUGAACGUGAAGCUGAUCUUCUUCUGGAGAAGCGAUUGUGAGUUACGAAAAUUGAAGAAAUUAGGCAGGGAAGAUUUAUUUGAAGUCUGGAAACAUUGGAAAACCUUGAAAACUUCUUAAAAACUCCAGAGUGGUCCCUAAAGGGGCUAGGGAAAAAGCGCUUCCUAGAGAGGUAAAAUUUAGGUGGUCCCUAUGGGGUUUUCAUCCCUUUCAUAACAUCAAACGACUAGACCCCUAGAGUGACCACUUUUGCAAGCUUUGAUGGCCACUAUGGGGAGGUAAAGUGGUCCCUAGAGGGGAACUUUUAAGAGGCUCUAAGAUUGCCCCUAUAGGAGUCACUUUGGAGCUCCCAAAUUUGAUGAGAUCCCUUUCCUUUAUUCACUGUUUACUGUUUCAAAUGUUUUCUAUAAAUUGUGAUAUUCGAAUUUCCGCGAUAUGGCAUUCGUAUCGGGAAAGUAGUGAUUUUAUAGAAAUUUACAUUGCGAAGCGGUUUUGGCGCUAAUUUGAAAAUUUUGAAUUUUCGAACUAUUUUUGGGAUAGAUCUUCAUUUUUUAUCAAAUAAAAGUGCUGAAGCAAAUCAUUUAAAAAAUUUUUCGUGUCAGGAAAUGUGAGAAAAAUCCAAAAAUGCAAGAAAUUCUGUUUUACGCGAAAAUUUGCGACCGCUGUAUGGCAUAAAAAUUGAAUGUGCAGAAUUUUUAGGAAAAAUGAAUCAUAUUGAACGAAAACAUCUGCAAGAAACGUAAAGACAAGUCUUCCAAAAAAAAAAUAUUUACAUUUACUUUGUUUACCGUUUCUGAUGUAUUUUGUUUUUGUUUUACAAAAAAGGUCAUUUCAUUCGUGUAUGAAAACUUCUAUUAAAAUUCCCUUCAACUUUCCUUAAAAUUCAAAAAAACCAUCCUGAAAUUCUCAACUUGUAAAACUCUCUAGUUCCGGAAAAAUGACACCUCAAACUCAAAGAAAAACCUCAAAAUCCGUGAAAAUGUGUUUUUUCUCUUCUUUUCUCGAAAAAAGAAAUUUUGAAGGUUGACACUUCCAGAGGAACACAGAACCUUCUUCCAGUACAUCAAGAAGUUUUUUUGAAAAAAAUUCUGGGAUUGAUCAAGGGGGGCGUAAAGUCAGAGGACUCCAUGGCGGGGGGAUAUCGAACUUAUGGGGGAGGGGACGAUAUCCAACUUAUGGGUGUUGGGCGAUAUCCAUUUUAUGAAGAGGGAGGGGCGGUAUUCAACUAAUGGGGGCAGGCGAUAUCCAACUUAUGGGGGUGUGGAUAUGUAACUUUUGGAAGGGGGGGCGAUAUUUAACUUAUGGGGGGCGAUAUCUAACUUAGGGGGUGUGGAUAUUUAAUUUAUGGGAAGAGAUUUAUACUCUAACACACCCAGUUUUUUACCAAAUAAAAAAAAAUAAAGGGACCCACCUUUUUCAGUUUUUCUCAAGCCAUAGUGAAUUUUUGAAGUUCACAAACAAUUCUCCUUCAGAAAAGCCCAAGAAGCAGCAACGGACGUGGUGGAACUGAACUGCGAAGGUGUCAUCACCCAAGUUUACUUGAUAAAUACCUUGGAAAAAUUCCAAAAUUUCGUCGAGGACCUUGAAGGAUUCGUCGGCGGGUCUGGGGAGAAGCUGAUCGGAUUUGAUACCGAAUGGAAGCCCGGCCAUUCCCAGUGAGUUUUUCUGGAACAAAAAAAGAAAAAUGGCGAACUUUAUGGAAAAAAUGAGCCUGGAAAAUCUUGUGUAUAGCUUCAUGAACCUUUUUAAGCAUUAUAUCCGUUGAAAUUUGUUUUUUUUAAAUUUCCUUUUUAGAAACUUUUAAUUAGCUUGGAGGUCUCCCUUAUCAAAAAAACCAUUAUUUCUAAAAGCCUUUUUCAACCCCUUUUUUUGAAUAUUUUGUAGAUGCUUCAACUUUUUUUUUUCUAUCUACAUUAAGUUUUUCAGUUCGGCCUGUCGAUCGGCCCUAUUACAAUUGUAUUUUGACGACCGGGUCUUCAUAAUCGACGUUGUAGCUUUGGAAGAAGAAGACUCUGAGAUUUGGUGCCGUUUUGCCGAAGCAUUUCUUUGCAGCGAGACUUUGAAAAUUGGUGGGAACCAGUAAAAAUCUUGAAAAUGGACUUUCUUCGGCUUCUGAACCAUAGGCAAAGUCGGAAAUGAGGAAAAACAGAAAUUUUCCUUUUAGGGUGACAAAAGCUCACAUUUUGCGCCAUUUUAUAGGCUCUUAUGCACCAUUUUUGCUGCCUCUCCCGUUUUUCACCAUUUCUCGAGCCUUUAAAAUUCUAGAAAAAUGGGUGGUUCGAUAAGGGGACUUUCUUUGAUUCCUUUUUGCUGCCUUUCUGCGGCCUUUUUUGAGCCACUCCCUUUUAGAGGCCUUUAUCCACCAUUCCGACUAUGCCCGAGACAGAAUUGGGCCAGGCUAGGCUUCACAAAACAUUUUAUCUUGUCUCAAAAUUUUCACUGUAAAAUUCUUUUCACUUGUUAAAUGAGAGUUCAUGUUUGGGAAAAAUAACAAAAAUUUUUCUUUUUUGCCUUAAAAAAGUUUGAUAUUUGACUUGAAGAAAAUUGGCACCUUUUGGGCCGUACAGGCUGUUUUUUUGAUUGAGGCCGAGCCAUACGUCGGCUAGAUCCCACCCCGGGGUGUGGCUCACCCCCAAAGAAAGUAUGUCUAAUUCUUUUUUUGCUCGCAAAAAAAUUGGGGUCGGAUCCAGCGGGUGUAUGUAGGGGGCGCAAAGCCCCGCCCCUUCACGCCACCAAUAUGACGAUUUUUUUGUUUUUGUAUUUUUUUGUCUAGAAACGGUUUUGAGGCGUUUAUACUAGCUAAAGUUCCACUUUAAAAAAUAAACUGUUUUUGUUAAUCUAUGUAAUCGACAACGCUCUACAAGACUGAAAAAAAUUUUUUUAAACUAUGUAUUUUUUUCAAAAAAAUAAGCGAAAAAAAGUAAGAUUUAACACGAAAAAAACUGACAAGUUUCACAAAAUCGUCGCGUUUCAGAAAAACCAAGUGAGGAACGCUUCUGAAUUUUGAGUAUGUUAUACAUUAACAUUUUCUUUAUUUUUUUGAAUAAAAAAAUAAAAAAAUCUAACGACGCGAAAAAAAUCGAAGCUUGUAAAGUGACACCAAACUUUGAAGCUGAAAUGCGAAAAAAAUUUCAGCGACAUGGUAUACUUUUUAUUUGAUUUAAAAAAACUCACAAUGUGCUCACAAAACAAAAAAAUUCAAAAAUGAAAAAUAAUUAUUGGGACAGCGAAUCAAAUUAUAUUUGAAUUUUUACCAAAACCUCCUUUUUUUCGUCUGCCUCGUUGACGCAUGAGAGAAUAGGAUCGCGUUUAUACUUUUGAUCAGGUUAUUAAGCGUUCAAAACUCUAUCAAUGGAAAAAUAAUGAAAAAAAUCAAACGACGCGAAAAAAAUAACGGCUUUGAAAACCUCGAAAAAAUGGCAAUUUUUUUUGAAAUUUCGGAAGAAUUCGUGCAAGCGUCCGUAGCAGUGUUUGCGUCAAACACACCGAUGCGCACUUUUAAAUGUUGCAGGAGCCGUUUUUUGGAGUCAAAUUGCACUUUUUCCUGUUUUAUUUCGAAAUAACAUUAUUUUUCAUUUUUUCCUUUUUCCAAACCAAAUGAUAAUAAUUUUUCUGAUUAGAAAAAAGAAGAAUAAGCUGAAAAUUCCUUCUGACCUUUUUUCUAGGUAGUUUUUUGAUAUUUUAUCGAAAAUUCUUAUGAGGAUUGUACAAAAGAUUCAUAUCAAAACAUGAGGCUCAGUUCGGACAACCUCUCAGAACAGAAAACCGAUUUGAAAACGGUUCAGAAAUGCGUAAAAACAUUUAAAAAGAAAGCGUGCGGCAGCGGGUAAACCGUGAGAUUUUGCCUCCAGUUGAACGCCGCGCGCGCUCGUUUUUUGGCCAUAACUUUUUUCUUAGUGGAGCUUUUUUCUAAAACUGAACGGAUUAUGAAAAUGGACAGUCUCCUCUAUCGAACAGUGUAAAAAACAUAUUUUUUGGAUCGUUUUGAAGAAAUGGCUUGCGGACCCUAGGUGUAUGUGUCGGGCUCAGAACUUGCCCGGGACCUGAUAGGCUGACAGGCUAGCCCUUGCCCAAGCCUGGAUUCACAGAAAAAUUUAACCAACCUCAACUUGAGUUUCAAAAAUCACCGCGACUUUUCGAAAAACGCGAUAAAAUAAUCAUUUCAAACCCAUUUUCGUCUAGUUUCAUGGAGUUUUAUUGUUUUUUUUUUACCCCUUCAAGGCUUUUGUGGUAGAUGACUCUUUCGAAAUAAGGUCACUAGAAGUUGAAAAAAAAAUGGGUCAGAAAAAAAAUUCCGGAAAACGUGUUCCUUGAUGAAAAAAAGAGCUUUUUACACCUUUUUUGAAAAUAAUUUCUUAAUAUCUUCAUUUCUAUAGUGUUUCGAGGUUACCACUUUUUUAUGACAAUAUUUUCAAGGAUUCUCCCUGAGACCGGACGUUGAUCUUUUCCUGGAGCUGCCACAACUCCAAGACUGGACCGGUAGGGACAGACAACAAGGAGUGUUUUGCAUAAAACGUUUCGGAGAAAAGGUUCAAAAAAACACUUUCAAAACGCUCUGAACGGCUUCUUCUAGUUGAACGAGGCCAAGCCAGGCGCCCUCGGCAUGGAGACGUUCAAACUCGGCGAUUUAUCCGCGAAAUUCUGCUCGGUGGUGCUCAACAAGUCGGAGCAGUGCAGUGACUGGUCCGCAAGGCCUCUGAGAAAUGGCCAACUCCUUUACGCCGCCAUGGACGCCUACAUCGUUGUCAAAAUAUAUGAGAAGAUGAAGGAAUUCGUCAAGUUGGUCUUAGGGUUUUUGGUUGGGAAAACGGUUCAGUUAAGGGCUAUGAAGAUUCACAAGGCUAUCUAUAGAGACCAUCAUUUUUUGAAUUCUUAUAAAGUUAAGAUUUUUGACUUGCCAACUUUUCAAAAGCUUAUCAGUUUCUCUUGAGUAAAAGAUUUUAUCCAGAAAAAUGGGCCAGUAGGUUCAAAAAUGCUGGGAGGAAUCAAAGAUUGAAGAAAAUCUGCAAAAAGAGCGUUUUUGCUUUGUAAGGUAUAUCUUGAGACUUUUUGACAAGACUCAAAAAUCUGCAGGUUUUUCCUGUUUUCAUUGAAACCUUGCUUUUGAAGUGACUUUGAGAGAUUUCCAAGCGAAAGAUUUUUUUUUGGUGCUUCAAGCGAUUUCAAAGAUUACUGUAGGUAAAAGUCCGCAAUCGGCGUGUGUCAUAGCCGUGUUUGCACACUCUAAAAGGUCUUGAUAAUUUUCACGUUUUUUUUCCAUUUUUUUUUUCUAAGCUUCAUCGGAAUGGAUCUAUAAGAAUUUCAGCGUUUUCAAAAUUUCAACUUUCAAUUUCAGCAACAGCAAUAUUCUCAUCAACAUGAAAGAAAAUCUGAACAAAAACAUUUUUUUUUAAAUUGCGUUGACUGAACCACCAAAAAUCUGCAAACACGCACACGCCAAAUGCGGACUUUCACAUACAGUAAUCUUCGAAAUCGCUCUUGUCGCAGCACCUGUUUUUUUGGCGGGCGCAAGCAACAGUUACACUAACCAAGUGCCACGAGAAAUUUACUGUUCAAUCUCGAAAAAGCCCUGUUUUUCCAGUGAGAUCGGUUUAACCGAAGAGGAAGUUCAAUCCGUCUCCGUGGAGGCCAUGACGGCGCAACCAAAAAAGGAUAAAUCCAAGGCGAAGAAGCUCGAUCUGAUGUCUUUGGAGGACUUGGCUGAGGUCCUCCGAGACUCUGUAGACGUCGAAAAACCUACGAUCCGACCCCAGGACUUGAAAUGCAUCGUCGACGUCAUGCUCAAAGGCCUCGGAAAGCAAAUGAAGUACAAAAAGCACCAUUUUAAGAUUUAAUUCGUGAUUUUAGACGUUUCGGCGUUGAUGCCCUUAUUCCGACAACUGCUAGUGAAUUUGAAACCGUCGUUGCUCAAAGAGGCGACCGGAUAGUUAUAACUUGCUCCGGCAAAUCUUUUGUCAAGGUAGGUUUCUGAAGAAAAUGAAAAAACUCUAUAGUCAAUGCUUUCUGGUCUGAAAAACGGUUAGAAAUGAUUGAAAAAAAUCUUAGAAAAUCUUUUACAAGCUCAAAUGGCACCGAAAUGCUUGAGAAACGUUGAAAUUUUUUUUUUCGAAUAAUUGGUUUUUAAGUUCAACUUCGAAUGAACUUUGAAAAUUCAGGAAAAAUGAAAUUAAACGUAAAAUAGAAAAAAAAAAAUAGAUCCAGGGCGAUUUUUUCCUUUUUCGAAGAGUACUGUAUGUAAAAGUCCGCAUUUGACGCGUGGUGUUUGCACAUUUUUGCGUUUUCCAUAUAUUCAUUUUAAAAAUUUCAUUUUUCUUUCAUAAUGAAUCAGAAUGAAUAGAUUGAUGUAAUUCAAUAGUUUCCUAUAGUUUUACCCUAUUUCGAUAAAAAUUUUGAACAAAAAUGGAAACGAUACCACUUAGAAGUGUGAACACGCCAACUGCGGACUUCUUAAAAAAAAAAGCUCCUAAAAAGUACUUCAAGUAGUUCGAAAGUGAUAUAUUUUUCCAGCUCCAAACCUCAGUGGAACCCGAUUCUUUGCUCUGUUUGCCGCCUUGUUUGGAUAUUAUGGAGCAACUUCGUAUCGUCUUUUCCCAUUUUAAUAUCAAAAUUAAUUUGUAA